AUGGAAGACAAUCUGUUUAUUUUAUUCAUACUGAUGGUCGUGGUAAAUCCCGAUAUAUUUGCUUUGGAAAUUGAAGGUCGGAGAUGUUUCGUCAAAAAAACCCGCCAAGCAGGAAUUUGUAUGAACGUCGAUAACUGUGAUUACGCUAAGGAUUUACUGAAACAAAACCCCUGGAAGCGGCCACAACACUGCGGCGGAUACAUCGGAAUUUACCCUUUGGUCUGCUGUCCUAGACCAAGGAGCGAAAUUGUAUGUCAAACAUUUCACCCGCCCAAAGAACCCUGUCUAAAACUCGAAAUCGCCGGGGGCGUCAAAACUUUGUCUAAGGAAUUUCCCCAUAUGGCAGCCCUUGGCUAUGGAGAAAAACCAAAUGUUAUGUGGUUUUGUGGGGGUAGUCUAAUAAGCGAAAAGUAUGUUUUAACAGCAGCGCAUUGUAUCAAAACCAAAAACUAUGGUCUGGUCAGAUGGGUGCGUCUGGGCGACCUCGACUUGGCCACCGACGAUGACGACGCCCAACCCCAAGACUUCACAGUGAUGCAAACUCACGUGCACCCCAAAUAUAAGCCCCCAAUUCACUACCAUGAUAUUGCUUUAGUGAAAUUGGACCGUUCAGCGCGAUUCAGCGACUAUGUCCAACCUGCAUGUCUUCACACCGAGAGGCCAGUCCCCGGGGACAUGAGUGUCACGGGUUGGGGCAAAGUCGACAUCGCCGGAAGUCCAAGCAGUCAUUUGCUCAAAGCUGACAUUUACUUCGUAAAUCACACGACUUGUGCUGCAGCACAUGCGAGUAUCAAGCAAACUAGACUUCCUAAUGGGAUUAUAAACGAUAUUCAAGUGUGUGCGGGGCACCCCGAGGGAAGAGACACUUGCCCGGGGGACUCAGGGGGGCCACUACAGUACAAAAUUUAUAAACUGUCUCCUCAUUUUCGCAUUGUUGGGGUUACGUCCUUCGGUAUUGCUUGUGGUAUUUCCAAAAGUGCUGUUUAUGUCAGAGUGUCAGAAUACAGCGAUUGGAUUGAAGAUAUUGUGUGGCCUGCCAUGUAUUUUGACCCACAUGGAGGAUUAUAACUACUAUGUUUGAAGGAAAAUUGUAUUUCCCUCAAAAAAAACUGAAAUUAUGUCAUUAUCAAAAUCAAAAAGUUUGACUCUAGAAAUUAAAAUACAAAGUUUAUCUAAA